AUGACCGAGAGCCGAGUCAAUGUUCCGCCUGUCCGCACCAAAGUCGUCGUCGUCUUGGAGGCCUUCGUGCUCCGCUAUGAGUGGAAAGACGCAGAAGCUCGUAAAGCUGCUGAAGAAGCUGGCCUCCGCGACGACAUCAUGGCCAUGGUCAACCAGUACGAUACGGUUGCGUGGGAGGAUGGGAGAGGCAACGGCUCGCACUCGCACUACAAUCUUCAAAAGCCGAGAGUCUUGUUGUUCGACGAGCCUACCAAUGCCCAGGAUGCAGAUACGGAAGCUCGCUUCAAGAAGACCCUGGACGAGGCUUUCAAGUGCACGCGCCUUGUUGUUGCACACCGACUAUCUUCCGUCUGCUGCGCCGACCAGAUUAUUGUCCUGAAAAAGGUCGACGGCGUUGCUCAAAUUGCCGAAACGGGUACGCACGACCAGCUCCGGGAGCGAGACGGCAUCUAUGCAUCCUUCUGGAAGAAGUACACCGGUGGAGGGGAAAUCGGGGUAGUGGCUGGACCGACGGGCUUGAGGUGCCGUAAAUAA